AUGCCUCCUCAGACUCUCUCCGACCCUCUUGCUGGUGUCUCUUCCCGCUGCGGCGGGCACCCCUGGCCUCUAAGAGCAGAAGCUGAGGCUGCACCUUUGAGGGAGGAGCGAGGGUUGUUGAACCUCGUCGCCGAAACGCCGUCAGACUCACGCAGUGAGCUGCACAGCGAUCCAGUGGCGCUGCGGGGGCUGUGGUCUUCUGGUCUGCCUACAUCGUGCUGCAAAGCCAGCGGCUCAGCCUUCUCGUCGUCACCAAUGAUGCCUCUCGCGCUCCCCUCUAGGAGCACUUCGGGAAGCUCUGACAUGACAGCCUCGACCAGUGUCUCAUCCAGAGCAAGUCAAGUUUCAACUUACGAAGGCGCGACCUCUCCUCCCUCUGAGUCUGCAUCGGCGUGUCCCCCUCACGACGAGGCGGCCAUCCAAGCCGUCUCUUCUUCCCCAGCGUCCGUGUGCGUUCCGUUCGAAUUCAGGACGCCUGUGGCAGCUUUUUCCGCUUGUACAGAUCUACCGCUGUCUCAAGGUGCACCCGGUCCUCCAGGGAAGACCGAAAAAUCCCAUCAGUUGGGUCCGCUCUUCACGACACCGCCUCCACUGAAGCAACUGACAACGGCGGAUCCCCGAAAGACAGCGCCGUCAGCGUUUGCGUGCGUCACGUCCGCAGACGCGGGAUAUGCCAUCCCCCCUGCACUGGGUGGAGGAACAGAAACGGCGCGUGAACUACACGACGGCCUCCUGCGUCUCGAUUUUUUGUCGCCUUCGCAGCGGCUCCGAAUUCCUCUUCAGAUGCCCAAGUCCUGCUCGGGGUGCUGUCUGCCGUCGACAUCAGGCCUUGCUGCAUGCGCUGAGUCCUGCUCCACUCCAAAUGCGUUAAGCUCAGCGUUCCGCUGGGGGCCAGAGAGAUACUACUACCCCGAGCAGUGCACUCCAACCGUGGCAGGAACGCCAGGACCUGAGGAGUCGCUUCAAUUCGCGGGCGGCCGCAUGGAGCCCAUUGGUCUUUUGGAAGAACACAGCUGUGUGAGCCCAUUCGGCGGCGGCAAAUUUUCCCACGCCGACCUGUACCAUGAUUCUGUGAGUCUCGGCGCAGUUGCGAACAGUCAAAGGCGCACAACCGCUGGAAGCGAAGGAGAGCGCACGCCGCGCGGAUACCACCCGGGUGGCGUGAGCCUCGGAAGGGACGUCCAUCGACUCCGUUUGUUCGCGGAUCCGCAGGAGCCCGAUAAAGAUGAGCAGUAUCCGGUGCCUGGGGGAGCUCGCGGCCCUUCUGGGCGUGGACGGGGCGUGUCGCUGGACGGGGGAGACAGUCUUUGCAACCCGUACCAGGAAUUGCAAAAGUUGACAGAAGGAUCUCCUCUCUACGAACGCGGUGGAACGUUUCCACCCUUUCUGCGGGUCAGCGAACCCGACCGCCCCGAGACCCCCUACACCUACUGCCCGUUUGACUCCCCCACGUCGUGGACAGCACUGACGGCGUCCCCAAGGAAGCGCCACAGCCGUUCCAUCUCGCCUUCCACGUGGGACGGCUUGUCGAUUCCUCUAAGCGCGUCAGACGUUUUUUAUCAAGAUAUGUCUCUGCCGUCCGCCGGCCGGAGCCCCCGUUCCCCUCUGGUUGGACGUGGAGGGCUCACGCUUCCCGAGUCGUGCGCUCACGGCGAAGAGCCUUCCACUCGGCUAGCGCCGAUUCGGUCGUCAGGCCUCGCUGGAGACUCAGAUUCGACCGCGCGCGCACAUGCUCCGCAGCGAGGUAUAGAAGAAGGCCUUCCUCUGGGCGUCUCGCAAGCAGCAGCGCAGGCUUCGGAAGCUCCGCAACCUUCCACAAGCCACACCCAAGCAGCGACCCCGGUGACCGAAGUCGUGCAAGGCGCUGAAAAGAAUGUCUUUGCUCCUGCUGCCUCAGGCGUACAAGCGUCACCCGUUCAAUCGUGCGCAGGGGACAGCCCGGCUGUGCAGGGAGACGCGUACUCCAACGUUCAACAGCUGCAGGUGAAACACGAGACAGCGGCUUCGAGCUCCCUGCCGCCGAUUUUCAGAGAGGGUCCGCCACCUUCGAGUGUUCACAGCGGCCACGAUCCGCUGCAGGCCACAUCGACUGGUGUUAAAGAAGCAAAGGCCGAGGCGACGUCGCUUCCUCUUGUCGCCGCCCCAGCAGGCACGACUUCACACCGGGCUGCGUCUACAGAGUGUUGCGCUUCUCGGGAAUCGGCUGAGGCGCAGAAUGACGACGGCGGGGCGCAACACACGCUCAAAGCCAGUGUAUCACCAUCAGCAGCCUUCAAUCUUGUCCGUUGUUUCCUGGCUAUCCCGCACUCAGAUUUGACCCACGCAACAGCUAGUGCAAGCAGCGCUUGCCUCGCUGGAGUCAUGGACUCGGUGCCCACGCCAACAACGGCGUCUCAUUGCAGCCCGACUGCCUGCUCUUCUGUGUCGUCUGAGAGUGGAAAAACCGCACCCACGCCGUUUUUCCCGUCCCGAAAGGAGUCGCCAUGCUUAGCCUGCGGCAACUCUUCCAGCUCUUGCAGCUGUGCGCCUCCCACGGGGCUUGCCUCGAGCCGCGUGGGCACCGACAACACCUCUUCCUUGUCGGCGGCGUCUCUCUGCACUUCACCCUCGUCCUCCGGAGGGCUGGAGGCUUCAGCUCUUUCUUUGAACAAGGCUCUUUCGAGUGGCGAGGAGGAGUCUACCCGGGCGCGUGUCCAGCCGGCGCACUACGUGGCGCGGGCCUCGCCGCCUAGUUUGUCCUCUGGAAGCGCAGCGAUAUGGAACCUUGCACAAGGGCUGCAAGAAGGCGACUCCUCAAAUGCAGCCAGCACCAGUGGCCUUCGACUGUACGCAAACUCGUCGCUUAGCGUCAGCGCAGCCCCACAGCACUUAACGACGACAGUCGCUCAAGCGAUUCCGCCGUGUCCGCGUGAGGAGUUUGCGGCUCGCUCUGUAUCUUAUGCUCCCUCAGGGAGCGCGGGAGACGGUCACGUGCCGACGCAGGCGGCGGUCCUGCAGCAUUUGUUGCCACAGAUAGCAAAGACAACUCCGGUAACCGCCAAUAUGUGGGCCGCGUCGGAACCGACUGCGCCACAAGCUUUGGCUGCUUCGUCACAGUUCUGCCCCCCGCGAGCGUUUGCCAACGGCCCCGCGUCUUCUGCGAGUCUACUGGCGGUUGCAGGCGCGUCAGGUAUUGACUGCAACAAUUUGGUGAGAUACCCUUAUCUUUGCCCCCCCAUUUCGUAUAUCGGUCGAGCCGCGGCCGUGCGCGCAUUUGGUAGUGCUAGUUGCUUAGUUAACGAAGAAGUUCCGACUUUCGACGAGCAUGAACCCGCCGAGACGCAGCAGGAAUCAACGUUCGACUUUGGCGGCCCGACAGCCGUCCCCAUUAGGACUCGGAAAGGGUUUCGCAAGCCUCUUCCUCUACCACAGGAAAUGCUGGCAUGCCCAGGCGAGAUUGGAGAUACGGAGCGAGGCAACGAACCAGUACUGCAGUACGACGCAGCUUCUCGCGAGUGGAGGUACGUCAUGCACGCGUCAUGUUCACGGGAGGGCACUGUCAGCAGCCAACAGAGUGCCUUCCGGGCGCCUCCGUCCACGCAGGAUAACGUUAGGGAUCAUCAAGGAAGUUUAGUUGCGCUGCGGGUCUUUGCUGCGUCGGCGCUCCGCUUGUUCAGGGUAUUCUGGGUCGAAGAUAGGCUCGCGCGGUACAAGGUCUUUCAGGCAAAGAAGUUCGGCAAAGAACGAGCUCAGCAGCUCGCGGAGGACUGGUAUCACAGAGCACGGGCUGGGCACGUGUCUGUUGGUUCACGAAGCCUCCGAGGGGUUCAAGGUCAAGGCGCUCCAAAAGCGAAGAAGCUAAAAACGGAGUCGUAG